UAAGGUUAGCUAUGUUAUGCGAAACGUCAUGAUAUUGUCUGCAUGUUUAUGCCAAAUUACUAAUAAUUCUAAGUUUAAUUUAGCAGAAUUGUAGAUUUCGAAAAGUGCAAGUGUGAAUGGAAUGAAAUGGCUUCCAGGAUAGGAGAGGAAGAGAGUUGUGACCAGCUUCUGCUAACAUAUCUACAGGAAGCAAACACCCUCAUACAGAAAUGUCAACAAUAUCAGCACAUCAAAGGAAUGCAGAAGCUGGAAAAAAAGUGCCGAGCUGAGCUCAAGUACCUUCAGUCUUUGAGAAAGAAGACAGACUUUAUACAUGAAAGUCAACUGAAGAGCAGUAAUCUGUGUCACUUUGCUGGAAUCCUGCAUGCCAUGCAGGUCAUACCUGGUGUUGUCAGCAUGAUGACAGCUGUUCAUUCACCCAACCGAACCAGCAGCCUCCAUGUGGAUAUUGUGGCAGGUCAAGGUCAGGUGUGGGUCAAGGUCAUUGCAAGGAAAGCUCAGGCAUUACAUCUGAUAUGGGCAGGUGAGGGACAGUUUGGGGAGCACAACCUAAUCAAACAGGCUGAAGACUAUAUUACCUGUGCCAAAUCUAACCCUGUCAACUUCUGUCCACCCUCUCUCCACUUUGCUUUCUACAGCCAAGUGACCAUCCUAAUGGCCGAAGCCCUAGAGGAGCUGGGAGUGAAGGUAUGGGGAGAACGGGUGGCUGUGGAUCCAGACAUCGAGACCCAACUUAAGGCCCUCAGUGCUAUCUACCUCGACAGUGAUGAGGAGAGCGAGGAUCUUCCAGAUGAAGAAAGUGAGGAGUCGUCAACUGGCAAUAACCAGCCAUCCAUUAUAGACAAGGAUCUGGGUACCCAUUUUUCUACACACACUAGGUUAGACAGUGUGUUGGACUGUGUGUUACCUGUGACAGUCACCGGACUACCUGUGUCAAACAAAGGGUUACCUGUGUCGGAAAGUGGGGUACCUGUAUCAGACACAGGGUUACCUGUGACAGUCAGCGGACUACCUGUGUCAGACAAAGGGUUACCUGUGUCAGACAAAGGGUUACCUGUGUCAGACAAAGGGUUACCUGUGUCAGAAAGUGGGGUACCUGUAUCAGACGAAGGGUUACCAGUGUCAGAAAGUGGGGCACCUGUAUCAGACACAGGGUUACCUGUGUCGGAAAGUGGGGCAUCUGUAUCAAACACAGGGUUACCUGUGUCGGAAAGUGGGGCACCGGUAUCAGACACAAGGUUACCUGUGUCGAAAAGCGGGACACCUGUGCUGGAGAGUAGGAUAUCUGUGUUGGACAGUGGGUUACAUGUGUCAAACAGAGACUUUAUUGCAUCUGACCGUAAGAUACCAGUGCCGAAGAAUGUUGAUGCUUUACAUGAAGUGGAAAAUAGUGACAAUACUCCAACAGUGGGGGAAAGAUCGUUCCAUACCUCAGCAAACAAAAAUUGUGAAGAUUUGUAUCAGGAUCUUGAUAAAGAUACAUGCAAUAGUGAAUGUACAAAAGAAUCAUCAAAUCUCAGGAAAUCAUUUCCUAGCCUGUGUCAGACUGACACAGAUCUGACUGAGCCGUCCUGCAGUACUGCAGUGCAUCAAACAAAAUCCUCAAAACAUUUAAACCAGAUCCGUAAAACUGAUUCUAGUAAUCAAGUUAAAGUUACAGGCCUAAAACAGCCAGUCUGUGUUGCCUCAAAUUCAGCAGAAUUAAAUCUGCAACCACAAAAACGAAACUCAAGUGAAGGAAUUAGUGAGAUAUACAAUGAUUUGUUUAUUUCUUGUCUUUUGAUCUCCGUCCCAAAAUAUGAUGUAUCAAAGAUGGUGAUUUCCGCAGAGAGUUGUAAUUCUGACAAAUCAGUGAACUCUGGAAAAGUAAAUUUGGACAUUACAACUCUUAUCACAUUGGUUUCUGCUGUAACACAUGGUGGCUGCCAUUUUAUAUUCCCAGAGAAGAUUCUCACUUUGCAGGCAAAAGAUGAGAGAGAAAAUCCUGCUCUUCCUCAACUCCAAACAUAUCUCAAUGGUAAAGAACUGUAUGCCUGCCAGACAGCUUGGGAUGAUUUUGAAACCAUUCUCAAAACCCUAGGAGGGCCAGAGGAGAAGAGAAGAGCUCAGCUUCUGCUCCAUCGGGUCAAAGUUAUCCCUGAUCAGCCAUCAAAACGUGCCAAAGAUCUUCCUGACACCGGCAAAAUCCGGCAACGAACCAAGGUGAUCUUUGGAACUGGUGAUGAAUUGGGAGCAGUAACAACUACAGCAAAUAUGGGCUUUGUGAGGGCUGCAGAGCACCAGGGUGUGUCCUUUGCUAUCUACAGCCAUUCAUCGCGAGCUUUGACAGAAGACAAAGAGAAAAAUGCAACACCACUUGAUGACCUGAGUGCCUCAAGCUCUGAAAGAAAAUUUUGAAAAAAGGCUCAGUUGCUAAAUAGCUUUUUUGCCAAGCUGUGACAUACACAUAGGAGAAAAUGGCCACAUCAUCGAAUGACUAGUGUUUCAAGUUCUGAUAAAAGUCAAUGGGAAAAAAUGUCACAAUGCUUAACAACUAGAGUUCAAAGAUCGGUGACAGAAGACAUUGAAGGAAAAUGAAGCUACAGUACUGACUGACAACUGUCCAAAGCACUAAAGGAAUAUGUCGAGAAAAAGAUGACAUCACUGAAUGAUAAAUGCCAAAAGCUAAAGACAUUAUUAAGUGAUCUGGUCCGUAUUCUUAAAACCGCUCUUAUUCUCUGGCAUGAAUUCUGUGCCCAAGCCUAAUUUCUUGUUACCUUUUUGAAUUCAUAAAAAAAAAUGUUAUUUUGUCAAUGAUUUGGAUAAAAUUU